UUUAAUUAAAAAAUAAAAACAAAUUAAUCAAUCGUUCCAAAAUUGUCAAUUCAACCAUAACAACACACACAAGAAGCUAUUUUCUCUAUUCAUCUUCUGAACAAAGCUCGUGGCAUCUAAAUUGAACGGGAAGUGUAUGUGUGUGGAUCAAUACAAAAUUGAAAUUUUGUUUCUUACGGAAAAGAAGAACAAAAAAAAAUCAAAAUCGUGAUAUGAAUACAUGCUUUUUUUCUGUUUAGUUUGCUAUCUGAAAUCCUUACUAAGUGAUCCUUCAAAGAACAAUCGCCCAUUACAAGGUGUGUGUGUGUUUUGUUAUCUUCAAUUCUCACCUUGUGGCUAAUGAGACACAAAAAAUGUUUGGAAAAAAUUUGAAAAUUUUUAUCUUUGUCUUUCUUUCCAUUUUUGCUAUUUCACAUGGACAACGAUCACGAGGUUCAACAUCAUUAUCAUCAUCAUCUUCAUCAUCAUCACAACAGCCAUCAUCAUCGAGACAAUUUUCUCGAGGGCAACCAGAAUCAUUACCAAACAUCAAUUCACCACCACCAUUAACUUCGAAUCCAGAUCCAGAUGAUGAUGAUUCACAUGGAAAUUCCGGUGCAGAUUUUACCUGUCCAAAAUCUGAUGGUCUUUUUGCUGAUCCAAAUAAUUGUCGAAAAUUUAAUCUUUGUGGUAAUUGGCGUUCAUGGAGUCAAACUUGUCCACCAUCAUUAUAUUUUGAUGCAAAAUUGAAAUAUUGUACAUUCAAAACGGAUCAACUGACUUGUGGUCCAAUUGAUGAAGCUGAAGUUCGUGCAGAAGAACGUGAAUUAAGUCAAGAUGCCUUACCACCAUGUGUUCUUGAUGAUUGUCGUUUACCGAAUUGUUUUUGUACGAAUGAUGGAACCUUAAUACCGGCCAACAUUCCACCGAGUCAAACACCACAAAUGGUUUUAAUAAGCUUUAGUGGAGCUCUAAAUGAUUUAGUUUAUGAUCAUUAUCGUCGAGUAUUGGGAUAUGGAAAUCGUUUUAAUUCACAACAAUCUAGACGAAAUCCUAAUGGAUGUGGAAUUCGCGCCACAUUUUUCAUUAAUCAUGAAUAUUCAAAUUAUGCACAAAUUCAAUGGUUUGCAGCACAAGGUCAUGAAAUGGCCGUCCAUUCAAUCACACAUCGCCAACCAGAAACAUGGUGGACUGAUCAUGCAAACUAUUCAGAGUGGGCCGAAGAAAUGAUUGGUAUGCGAGAAAUCAUGAUUGCAAAUGCUGGUGGUACGACAACGACUCCAGUAUUGACUCGUGAAAAUAUUGUGGGAAUGCGUGCUCCAUAUAUUCGUCCAGGUGGCAAUUCCAUGUUUGAAAUGGCUCAUGAUUUUGGUUUCCUUUAUGAUUCCAGUAUUGCUGCACCAAGAGGAACGCCACCAUAUUGGCCAUUCACAUAUGAUUAUCGACAACCAUUUGAUUGUUCAAAUCAACCUAAAAAAGAUGAAAGUCGACGUUUCGGCCCAACCGAUGAUGAUUCUGGUUAUGGACGUGGUGGUUUUGGAUCUGGUCGAGGUAGUAGCAAUCGCGGUGCUCGUGCGAAACGUCAAACACCAUUUUUGGGACGUCCACUCAAAUGUCCUACACGAUCUUUUCCUGGAUUGUGGGAGGUUCCAAUCAAUCCAUUGUAUAAUGAAUUUAAUACCUGUCAUCAUGCUGAUCAAUGUGUGUUUCCUGCUGCAUCGGAUGAUGAUGACAUAGAAUCGAUUGUUGAUUUAAAAGAAAAUUUUGAUCGACAUUACAACACAAAUCGUGCACCAUUUCAACUUAAUUUCCAUGUUACAUGGUUUACUCAAAAACGAAAUGUUCGUGCAUUGAAUCGUUUCCUUGAUCACAUUCAAUCAUUGAAAGAUGUAUGGUUUGUAACAUUUCAACAGAUGUUGUCUUGGGUUCGAAAUCCAAAACCGGCUAGUGAAUCAAGUUUUCCAUGUGAAAAUAAUUCUACCGUUUAUUCUUGUAGCCGGCCACAUACCUGUGUAUUGAAACAUUAUUUAAAUAAAGAUAAUUCAGCAGCAAGUGAAGAUAAUUAUUCACGUACGGAUACUCGCUAUAUGCCGGUUUGUCAUUCAUCUUUAUGUCCACAACAAUAUCAAUGGUACGGUAAUACGGCUGGACGAAAACGAAACUUUAAAACAAUUAUGCAAUUGAUUGAAGAAAAUCCACCACCAUCACCAUCCGAGUCGGUUGACGGUAGCCCAAUAGGAGUGGAUGGACAAUAAGAAUUUCCUCUAUUUUUAUUCUCUCAUUCAAAUUGUAUUAUCAACUCGUUUUAUCUGAAAUCAGGAUUUUCAUUUCAUUAUUUUUUGCAAAUUUCGUCACAAUCACUUCUAUGAUUUUUGUAAUUUUGAUUUAGAGAUUUUCAUUUGUGUAUUUUUCUUUUACCUACCAUGAUAAGACUACGUAUACGUACAUUAUUUAUUCCAAUUGUGAAAUCAAAUACAGAAAUGUGUCCAUUCUCUAAUGUUAUUAACAUCAAGAAAAAAAAAUGUAUAAAAAAAUUUCAAAUUCAAACAACAAAAAAAAAUAUUUCUUCACAAAAACUUGCCAAACAUUUUCUCCCACUUUUCUUUAUCGAACGAUCGAUCGAUAAAGAUAAGAUUUGCCAUUUUCAAUGAUGAUCAAAAUGAAUGAAACCUUGGCCAGAUUUCAUUUGUUGAUGAUGUAGAAAAUGUGUGAAUGUUUAAAAAUAUGAAUUUACAUAGAGUUCCAAUCAAGUGAAUAUGUCGUAAUACCUGUUUUUUUAUUCCAUUAAAUAAAACUUGACUUGGG